CUUUUUAAUUCUUCUGGUAGUUUUAGUAAAAAGAGAGAGAAGGAGAUUAAGAGUGGAACAUGUCCUCAAAGACGGGUCUUAUUUUUCAGGCAAACUCAGACCGUUUCUCUGAACCUGAUCAGGAGGAGGUCAUCUUCAAGGAUGUCACUGCCGCAGCGGUAUGUGAUGCCUCCUCCUCCCCAGCUGCAUUACAACGGACACUACACAGAGCCCUACACUUCCUCCCAAGAUAACCUGUUCGUCGCCAGCCAGAACGGCUACUACUGCCACUCGCAGACCAGCCUGGACCGCGCGCAGAUGGAGCUGAGCGGCCGUCUGCGCAACGGCAGCGUGUACAGCGCGCACAGCACCAGCUCGCUCAACAACCCGCAGCCCUUCCCGCAGCCCUCCCCCGUGUCCUCGAACCCCAGCAUCACCGGCAGCGACGUCCUGCGGCCCGACUACCUCCCCUCGCACCGCCACAGCGCCCUGAUCCCGCCGUCCUACCGGCCCACCCCCGACUACGACACGGUCAUGAAGCAGCUGAACCGCGGCCUGCAGCCCGCCGCCCGCCACAGCCACUCCCUGCGCAACCUCAGCCUGGGGGGCUCGCACCCCUGCAGCCGGGCCGCCCUGGGGUACAGCCAGCCCGAGAUCCGCGAGCACGUGCGGGGCCCCGGCCCGCAGCCCCUCUACCCCUUCGGCCUGAGCUUCCAUAGCCAGUCGGCCUCCCCGCACCCGGCGGAGCGCAGGCCCGUGCUGGGGGCGGUCAGUGUGCCCGAGCUGACCGAUGCCCAGCUGCAGGCCCAGGACUACCCGGGGGGCAACAUCCUGGGCACGCAGGUGUACCGCCCGCCGCCGCCCUACCCGGCCCCGCGGCCGGCCAACAGCACCCCCGACCUGUCCCGCCACCUGGACGGCGGCAGCAACCCCGAUCUCAUCACCCGGCGCGUCCACCACUCGGUGCAGACCUUCCAGGAGGACAGCCUGCCCGUGGCCCACUCCCUGCAGGAGGUGAGCGAGCCGCUCACGGCUGCCCGGCGGGCCCAGCUGCACAAGAGGAACAGCAUCGAGGUGGCCGGCCUGGCCCACGGCCUGGAGGGCUUGCGGUUCAAGGAGAGGACCAUGUCCGCCUCGGCCGCCGACGUGGCCCCCCGGGUCCCCUCUGCCGGCUCCCAGCCCAGCGUGGCCCAGCCCGACGGGCAGGACAGCCUCCUGGGCUACGGCCACAAGAAGUCACUCUCCGAUGCCACCAUGCUGGUGCACAGCAGUGAGGAGGAAGAGGACCUGGAAGAGGACGUGGGCCUGCGGGGGGCGCUGUCCCCUCACACCCAGGGUGGCUACCCCCAGGACCCGCAGCUUGACUACCCCGUCCCAGUGGUGGCCGGGCCCCUGCACAUCCUGGAGCCCCAGCUUCAUGUCCCAGAGGCCGAGAAGAGGCCCAGGGAGGGCAGCCCCGGGUCCCGCAGGGAUGGGGUGCUGACCCCCUGCAUGUCUGAGUCGGACCUCACCACGUCCGGGCGGUACCGGGCCAGGAGGGACUCUCUGAAGAAGAGACCCGUGUCCGACCUCCUCUCCGGGAAGAAGAGCAUCGUGGAGGGGCUGCCGCCACUUGGGGGAAUGAAAAAGAGGGAUGCCAAAAAAAUCGGUCCUCUCAAGUUGGCGGCCCUGAAUGGACUCUCCCUGUCGCGCCUGCCUCUACCAGAUGGAGGGAAGGAAGUGACCAAUCAAGCCACCAACGAUGAGAGGUGCAGAAUCCUGGAGCACCGCCUGGAGCAGGGCGUGGUGUUCACGGAGUAUGAACGCAUCCUCAAGAAGCGCCUGGUAGGCGGCGAGUGCUCCACAGCUCGGCUCCCCGAAAACGCUGAGAGGAAUCGCUUUCAGGACGUCCUUCCCUAUGACGACACCAGAGUCGAGCUGGUCCCCACGAAAGAAAACAACACGGGUUACAUCAACGCGUCACACAUCAAGGUCUCCAUCAGUGGGAUUGGAUGGGAUUAUAUUGCCACGCAGGGACCCUUGCAGAACACCUGUCAGGAUUUUUGGCAGAUGGUGUGGGAACAGGGAGUUGCCAUCAUAGCCAUGGUGACAGCAGAGGAGGAGGGCGGGAGGGAGAAGAGCUUUCGGUACUGGCCACGCCUCGGCUCCCGCCACAACACCGUCACCUAUGGGCGGUUCAAGAUCAUCACCCGCUUCCGCACGGACUCGGGCUGCUAUGCCACCACCGGGCUGAAGAUGAAGCACCUGCUCACGGGGCAGGAGCGCACGGUGUGGCAUCUCCAGUACACUGACUGGCCUGAGCAUGGCUGCCCGGAGGACAUCAAGGGCUUUUUAUCCUACCUGGAGGAGAUCCAGUCGGUCCGACGCCACACCAACAGCACGAGUGAACCCAAGAACCCCAACUCCCCACUGCUGGUGCACUGCAGCGCCGGUGUGGGGAGGACUGGCGUGGUCAUCCUGUCGGAGAUCAUGAUCGCCUGUCUGGAGCACAAUGAGACCCUGGACGUGCCUAGGAUGCUGGACUCGCUUCGGCAGCAGAGGAUGAUGAUGGUGCAGACCCUCUGCCAGUACACGUUUGUGUACAGGGUCCUCGUCCAGUUCCUGAGGAGCUCCAGGCUCAUCUAAGUCCCGCACGCCACCCACCACACGCACUUCCUUCCGGGGACACGUGUCAGGAGACAUGUUCACAGCUGAUUACAAGUCCCUGACUCCUGUUCCUCGUGUCUCCUCCACACUCGCCCCACCUGGCACCACAGGCGAGGAUUUGGCGUCGGCGGCCCUGCCACAGCCCGUGGGACUGGCAGCACUCGCACACAUUGUUUUGGGAGAUUGUGUUUUUCCAGACAAUUCUCUCAGCUCACUGAAGCUACGCUGGGCAAUGCUGCAAUCAGGAGGGUGCAGAGAUGUUUAUCCUGGACUUUUGAAGUUUUGAUGGUGGAGUUUCACCUGAGGGAUAAGAGACUUGGAGCUUUUGUGUUGAGACUGAACUUUCUUUGGAGGCUGGCCACCGACCAGCGACUUCUUUCUAAUAACUUUGGAUUGAAAACCAUGUUACUAGCUUUUUUAUUUGUAAACUACCUGGGUACUUACCAGUUCAGCCCCCGAACACAACUAAGAAUCUAAAAAGUGUUAUUUUAAAACCUUAGAAAGCAUUUUUAUAUUCGAGAAAAUUUUUUUAAUUUAAAGAUUCUAUAUUUUUCAAAUAAUACCUUCUAUAUUUUUCAAACAACAGUUCAGCUCACUAAGGUACUGAAGCGAGUCUCUUAAAUGGGAAUGAAGGCAUAUUAUUUAAAGGGUCAGAGAAGAAUCCGAUUCACUUUUUUUUCUUUUCAGUAUUACAUGUAAACCUGAAUCCUGAGUGUUUCUGUUGGUUGCGAAUGAGAUGGAAAAACCAUUGCAUAGGAUGAUCUUAAGCACUUUUUUUUGUUGAAAAAACGAUGAUAAAUCUGAGUUGUAUGAAAACUCAGAUACGUGUUGCCCUGUAGACCCAACGAUGGCAGUAACGAUGAUCGACUUUGUUUCUGAGGUGUUUUGGAAGAGACAGGAAAGGAAGGGCGUUGGAGGAAGCAGGAUGGCCAGGACAAGAGGACGUGGGUGAUGGUGACCACAGGAUGCCUUGUCUCACACAAGCACAGUAUUAUCUCCACCGCCCAAGACACCCCCAGAGGUGGGUGUUCCCAGGGAACCAAGGCCUGUCACUCACUGUCAGUGACUCAGUUUCCUUGGAAGGGCUCACACCAGAGCUGUGCUCUGUAACACAUCAAAUUGAGUUUAUUUUACUCUCACCCAUUUUCCCCACCCAGCUUCCAGAGUCAGGGCCUCCUGCAUUCAUACACACUACUGUAGCUGGGUUGCAUUUUUUCACCACAGAGUGUCCCCUGGUGCUGUGAUACUUGCGUGGGGCGUUUGGUUUUGUUUUCUUCAGUGGAGCUUCACCGCUCCUGGCUGACUUUUGUGGGUAGAAAGAUGGAGAGGCAGAGACAGCCGUGUCAAAGCUUCCCUCAGUGUGGUGGGGGGCGGGCUCGAACCUGGGUAGUUCCCACUGCAAAGCCAGUUCACUCUCCAAGCAACCUGUCUCGCCGGGCCUCCGCACGGCAGGACGUACACCUUUUUUAUUUUCUCUUGGUUGAACGCAGGGGAGAAUCGUUUUCCUUGUGUGUAAGUGGUACCUUUUUGCUGCUUUUUAUAGAGAUGGAGUGAAAGAGACCACAGCAGCACCAAAGCUGCCUUCGAUGCAGUGAGGCCCAGGCUCGAACCUGGGACACAGACAGGCACGGCAAAACAACAUGCUCUCCCGUUGAGCUCUCUCUCCAGCCCGCAGUACUUCAGUUUUCAUUCCUCAGCCCCCUAGCUUCACCUGUGAGGUCAAGUUCAGGUAUUGUCCGUCCUUCUGAGGCUGCUCCUGCAACAUGCCAGAUCUGGGGCUCCCCCAUCCCCCUUCAGAUGACAGCAUCCGAGCCACGUCAGCUCCUAAAGCGGUGACAGGGAGGUGUGUGACAGGGAGGUGUGUGUUGUGGGCUGUGAGCUGGGCUUCCAGCAGUGAGGACCAGCCUAAGCUGACCUCACCCAGAUGCCAGCCACCGAGGAGGAACGCUGAGAAGACGUUAACGAAUGUGAUAGUUGCCUGUUCUCAUGUAGGGGACGACACAUGAAUUUUGAAAUUGAAGUUGGUUAUUCAAAGUGCUGUUUAGAGAACUACAGACCCAGGUGUCAAUAUUCAGAAGGAUGUUUUUUUUUUUUCUGUUGUUAUUUCCUGUCUCCAAACAGUUUUUAAGGAAGAGUUGGUGCUGCUGCUAUUAUUUUUUUUUCUUUGAUGGUACUUUUUAUUUUUUGAGUGCUCUUCUGUCAGAUUUAAGCAUAGUGAAAUGGCGUCCCAUCGACAAGAACAGUGUGAAACAACAAUCUUAAGAGUAAUAUAUAUUUGUAUUAAUUUGACUAGGAUUACCUAUGAACUAAAAUAGUUAAAAUGUCAUGUAUUUGACACAGCAUCAAAGACCUAUGAAAUUUUGGUCCCUGUUGAAAUGUUAAAGUUUUCUAAUUACAAGCAGUAGACAUGGAAGUAUUUCUGAAUAAAAAUAAAUCUACAUUA